AUGAAUAUUCGAAACAUCACAUUCGUCGACAAAAUAGAGAUACCAAAUACGACAACUACGACUUCCACUAACCUAUAUUUGUACGACGUCGACAAUGAUGGAGAUACAGAAUUACUUCUAGGCCAUUGGGACUUGGGAGACCUCGAUCCAAGUCAGGAAUCCAUUUGCCCAAAAGGCUCGCUUUUGAUUUUCAAGUAUGGUAAAUUGUGGAAAAGCUGUCGAGAUCUUAAUAUGGUAACUUGCGUAACAGCUGGACGACUAUGCUAUAGGGAUAAGCCAUCGGUUGUGGUCCUUUGUGCUGAUUCAAAGUGUUAUAUAUUCGAUGCCACGUUAAAUGCUAGUGACUCCAAGCCGAAGCUUAUACACACCCAGCAGAUUGCUUGCAAUGCUAAAGAUGCCAGAAUUCUGGACGGGGAUGGAGCCUGUGAAAUGGUGGUAGCCUACUCGGACCGUAUAGUCCGUCUUUAUAAAUGGGCUCCUUCUACUUCUGAGGGCAAUCCGGAUGAACUUGUUUUCUUGGUAAAGUGGGAGUUAGCUGGCCAGAUCAGUCGAAUAAGUCUGCAUUCAACUCUAGACCAAAACAACCUCAUUCUAGCUUCACAACCGGGUGGAGGUUUCUCAUUUCUCUCCAGGAAGUUGGAAUCUUAUGGUGGGAGUGUGUGCCCUAGUCUGAUUUACCAUCCACCUAAACAAGCUCCACAUCAAAAUAGUGAAUCUCGAACAUGGAUCAUUGGAGAUUUAAAGAUCAGAUCACAUAAUGAAAUCGAUCGUGCAAUUGGAAUUUGCUUGGCGGAUGGAACUAUACAUUUAAUUACUGCGGAUUUGCAGAAAAGUGAGACUAUUUGGACUGCGAAUUUACCCGUGAAUGGCGAACUGUUUGGACUCUCGAAAUUCGACCUUACUGGUGAUGGUAGUGAUGAAUUGGCUGUUUGUUGUUGGGAUGGUUCAACAUAUAUCUUCAACUAUGAGAGAGAUAUUUUACACUUUCCUCUUGGACAAUCCUGUCAAGCUUUCAUGGCUGGAUGGAUGGCUACGUCUCCGGGGCGAAAUGAGCCUGUUCUGAUCUACUCCACUUGUCAACAAUCAAUGUUGAUUUAUCAUAAUCUGGACGUUAAUUCAAUUCCUGCUUAUUCACUCGUGUUAGCUCUUAACGAAAAGAGAGAUUUGUUGGAACGGUUAAAGAAAUUCAGUGGAAACUGUAAGUCUACUGAUUCGGUCGUAAGUAGGCUACAAUAUAUCUUUCAGCCUUUUCUUUAUUCGCUCAUUGUUGCAAACUAA